GGGGUUUCCUCCUGCACGUUGUCACAUUUUUCGGAAACCCCUCAUCUUUUUCUUCCUCUUUCUCUCUUUUUUAUUAUUUUUUUGGUUCUACUCAGUCUUCUCCGAUCUCCAGCAACGCGGCUCCACCGCAGUGUACCAUCGUUUUGGGUUCUGCAUACUCAAAAAGAAAAAGGAAGAAAAACAUAUGGAAGAGCCGCAUUCAGUGAACAGUCCGAGGAGAAUCCUUAGUUUUUCAAAGAGAAGAAAAGCAGCGGCAUCUGUCUCAUUUCUUGACCCUGAUGAAAGAACAAGCUCUGGUUUUGGAGUAUCAGGGGAACACGGUCCUAAACCUUCUGAGGUUUAUGGGUUUGUUGGUUCCAUCACAACUGUUGUUGCUACAGCUAUUUUCUUGGUAUGGGCAUAUAUUCCAGAACCUUGGUUACAUUCUGUCGGGAUCUUCUAUUAUCCUAGCAGAUAUUGGGCUUUGGCAGUUCCAACUUAUGCUAUGGUGAUAAUAGUAUUAGCUAUCGUAUUGUAUAUUGGCCUCAACUUCAUGUCAACCCCACCAUCAACUUCGUUAACUACAAUCUUUGAUGAAUUUAGCAGUGAAGCUUCAAGCUUUUUGUCUCAUAAUAUGGAGGAUGAUGACCAGCCAAUUGAGCCCAUAUCUGAUCUUGGCAUCAACAAAAUUAAUGUUUUCAUGUUUGAUAAUGCUAAAUGACUGUCCUCCUUAGUUGUGUCUGUCCUGCCUUACUAUUAUUGGGCUCAGAAAAGCAUGCACAUAUGGUUUCUCUGGGAACACGAUAAGUUGGCCAGUUUUAGAGAUUGGAAUGCAUACAUUUUGAUUGUUUGAGAAGAAGUCAGUUUGUGUCCUUUUGUGAAUGGGAUUAUGCACAGAUUGUAUAGGCAUAGGUAUCUAUACUCAAAGGAUUGUGAACACUAGCAUUGUAUUGCAAUUAUUAUGUAAGUUUAGGCUUUAGAAAUCACAUACAUUGAAUUCUUGUGUAAAUUUUUGCAUAGUUGGGAAAUAUAUACUACAUCUUACAUAAAA